UUUGUGACUCUUCACUUUCUGAAUGUAACCCAGGAAGUUUAUUUAAAAAAUGGAGCUCCAGCUCUAUGAUCCUGUAACAUUUUGUCGGUCCCCCGUGUGCCUUGAUCCAGCUCCUAGCCUUUUCAGAUCCUGGAACCGAGCAGUUUUGGGGGUGCGGUGGGGGGUUUUGUUACCGUGUGUUGUGGUUACAAUGGCCAUAACGUCUAGAUUUCGUUUCAUUUUGCAGUUCUGACUCUUCCAUAUGGAACAGCAAAGACCCUCUGACAGUUUCUCCCAAAUUCUCACAGCUUUGUUGUAAAAGGUUUUACUAACCCCUGCGAUGUGGACCCAUUGUUACCAGGUUUAAACCAUUCAGCAGCUUAUGUGUGUGAAUUUGGUUCAAAAUUUCCUUUGCGUCUCUAAGUUAAUAAUCUGCCACCAGCUGAAGGUAUCUAGAUUUUGUCUUUUUCUCUUUAUUCAUACAUAUCGGAGCAUCAGAAACUUACCAGAAACUGAAGGAGAUGGAAUUUGCAAGGCCCAUGUAUUCCUCUUUGAAAUAUUCACCUGAACCAUGGAUGCAUUAUCUUGAAGUGGGUCUUUCUUCAGCCUUUUCAUUUCCUCUGAUUUUUGCCCUAGGGACAAAGCAGGGCUUGGCUAUCUUGUGUUGGGAUCUUUGAAUUUUGCAUUGAUGUGGCUGGGAUUUGUCUUAAAGACCGUCCUUUCUGGUGGAGUGUUCCCACUGAGGCUGCAGUCAGUGAGGUGACUGCCUGCUUGUCAGUUACCCUGGACAUAUGGCAUCUUGGGCUGAGUGCUCUGUUCGUGGUUAGUAAGAUUUCAGAAUGUGGUAAGAUGAUGGACUGCAUUUUGUAGGUGUUUGAUGUAUGGUUUAGAAAGCAGAGUCCUUCUAUUGGUUCUCAUUGCCGAGACCUAAGCCUGCUCUGUCUGUCAGAGUACGCGCUCUCUCUGGUCAUGCCAUGUUGCUUCUGGCUUCAGGACCUCUGGGUGGGGCCAGUGAUGCCUGGCCACAAAUUGCAGGAAAGUGGAACUGACUGUAAUUUACUUGAAAGAAGAUGAGAUGUUAGUCCUUGUCUUGUCCCAGAGCUGCCGUCACAGUGACUUCAUUUCACACCUUAAGGCCUUUGCGUGCACAGAAGUGUGGUAUAAAGGAUGCUUGAGUUUGGGUGGUGACAUUUGCAGUUCUGUGACCGGUGUGGUCUUUGCUGUGUACACACUGCACUGUGUGCAGAGACCAUACUGCAGGUUACAGGCAGGGAUCAAGGAGGGAAGCUAGGUGAGCCACAAAGCCAGAGGCAGGGCUGUGCUGGGCUUGGGGCCCUGUCUGGAGAUCGCUCUGUGGGAAGCUCUUCUGCAAAGAAACGUGGAUUUUCUUGGAGAGUGAUGGCUUUCAGUGAGUCCUAGGAACUGCUUUGUAAGAACGCUACAAAGAAAGAUGAAGCUUUGUGUUACAGGCAAAUAAGGAGCGUGUGUCAGAAGUGAGGGACACUGCUCUCCUGCCUGGCAGGGGCUGAGGUGGGGCCCUGACCAGUCGGGGGUGUGCUGCCCCCGCUGAGCCAGCUGCUUGGCCUGGGUGCCCAUUGGCUGUAGUCGGGAGGAACGAACCUUCCUCUUUUCUGGCUAAAGUGUCGCAGGGCUGUGCUAAUUCAGGUUUCUGUGGUAUCUGCUGUGCCUGCCUAAUGAACGCCUGGGUUUGUUUCUUUUGUAAGGCUGGAGAAAGAACUUGUCAAAUAAAUUGUAGAAAUGACCCACUAGUUUGUUUGUUUCUCAUGUUGAUGCUUGUGGUGGUGUCUGCCGUUGUGAGUGAGGACGAAGGGGCAGGGUUGCUUCUGGAAUGUGUGAGAAGAGGAAGUGGGCAGUAAGCUGACACACGAGCAUUUCGGAGCCGUUCUGUUACUGACACAGUCAGCGAGGCUGGUGGAAAAACUGAAGAUGGAUUUUUGUUUUGAGCUUUAGGAGAGCAGCAAGCGUGUGGGUAGAGGAAAUGUAACUUGGUUCUCUCCGGGUGUGCUAUCAUCGUCCGAGGGCAGCCACGUGGUGGGCCGCCUCCCGAGAGGCAGAUCAACCUCAGCAACAUUCGUGCUGGAAACCUCGCCCGUCGGGCAGCUGCCACACAGCCCGACGGGAAAGAUACCCCAGAUGAGCCCUGGGCUUUUCCUGCUCGAGAGUUUCUGCGGAAGAAGCUGAUUGGAAAGGAAGUCUGUUUCACGAUAGAAAACAAGACUCCUCAGGGGCGCGAGUAUGGCAUGAUCUACCUUGGGAAAGACACCAACGGGGAGAACAUUGCCGAGUCGCUGGUUGCAGAUGGUUUGGCCGCCCGCAGAGAAGGCGUGAGAGCUAACACUCCUGAGCAGAGCCGGCUUGCAGAAUGUGAGGAACAAGCCAAGGCGGCUAAGAAAGGGAUGUGGAGUGAGGGCAGUGGUGCCCAUACCAUCCGGGACCUCAAGUACACCAUCGAGAACCCGAGGCACUUUGUGGACGCCCACCACCAGAAACCUGUCAACGCUAUCAUCGAGCACGUGCGGGACGGCAGCGUGGUCAGGGCCCUGCUCCUGCCCAGUUACCACCUGGUUACAGUCAUGCUGUCUGGGAUCAAGUGCCCAACGUUUCGGCGGGAAGCAGAUGGCAGCGAGACCCCGGAGCCUUUUGCUGCGGAAGCCAAAUUCUUCACAGAGUCGCGACUGCUUCAGAGAGACGUUCAGAUCAUUCUGGAGAGCUGCCACAACCAGAACAUUCUGGGUACCAUCCUUCAUCCGAAUGGCAACAUCACGGAGCUGCUCCUGAAGGAAGGGUUUGCCCGCUGUGUGGAUUGGUCGAUUGCAGUUUACACUCGAGGUGCAGAAAAGCUGAGGGCAGCUGAGAGGUUUGCCAAGGAACGCAGGCUGAGAAUAUGGAGAGACUACGUACCACCCACUGCUAAUUUGGACCAGAAGGAUAAGCAGUUUGUUGCCAAGGUGAUGCAAGUUCUGAAUGCAGAUGCCAUUGUUGUGAAGCUGAGCUCCGGAGACUACAAGACCAUCCACCUGUCUAGCAUCCGGCCACCACGGCUGGAGGGCGAGAACACACAGGAUAAAAACAAGAAGCUACGCCCUCUGUAUGAUAUUCCUUACAUGUUUGAGGCCCGGGAGUUUCUUCGAAAAAAGCUAAUUGGGAAGAAGGUCAAUGUGACGGUGGACUACAUUCGGCCGGCCAGCCCUGCCACAGAAACUGUCCCUGCCUUUUCAGAGCGUACCUGUGCCACUGUUACCAUUGGAGGAAUCAACAUUGCCGAGGCUCUUGUCAGCAAAGGUCUUGCGACUGUGAUCAGAUACCGGCAAGAUGACGACCAGCGAUCCUCGCACUAUGAUGAGCUGCUUGCUGCCGAGGCCAGAGCUAUUAAGAACGGCAAAGGAUUGCAUAGCAAGAAGGAAGUGCCUAUCCACCGUGUGGCAGACAUAUCCGGGGACACCCAAAAAGCAAAGCAGUUCCUGCCCUUCCUGCAGCGAGCAGGCCGCUCUGAAGCCGUGGUGGAGUACGUCUUCAGCGGUUCCCGUCUCAAACUCUACUUGCCAAAGGAAACGUGCCUUAUCACAUUCUUGCUUGCGGGGAUCGAGUGCCCCAGGGGAGCCCGCAACCUGCCAGGCCUGGUGCAAGAAGGAGAACCCUUCAGUGAGGAAGCCACACUGUUCACCAAGGAGCUGGUGUUGCAACGAGAGGUGGAGGUGGAGGUGGAAAGCAUGGACAAGGCCGGCAACUUCAUCGGCUGGCUGCACAUGGACGGUGCGAACCUGUCCGUCUUGCUGGUGGAGCACGCGCUGUCCAAGGUCCAUUUCACUGCUGAGCGCAGCUCCUACUACAAGUCGCUGCUGUCUGCUGAGGAGGCCGCCAAACAGAAGAGAGAGAAGGUCUGGGCACACUACGAGGAGCAGCCUGCGGAGGAGGUGGUGCCCGUGCUGGAGGAGAAGGAGCGUUCCGCCAGCUACAAGCCCGUGUUUGUCACCGAGAUCACGGACGACCUGCACUUCUACGUGCAGGAUGUGGAGACUGGCACCCAACUGGAGAAGCUGAUGGAGAACAUGCGUAGUGACAUCAGCAGCCACCCACCUGUGGAGGGCUCCUACACCCCCCGCCGGGGGGACUUCUGCAUUGCCAAGUUUGUGGAUGGAGAAUGGUACCGUGCGCGAGUGGAGAAGGUCGAGUCUCCAACCAAAGUGCACGUCUUCUACAUUGACUACGGCAAUAGAGAGAUCCUGCCACCCUCCCGUCUGGGCACCCUGCCGCCCGCCUUCAGCACCCGCGCGCUGCCAGCUCAAGCCACGGAGUAUGCCUUUGCCUUCAUCCAGGUGCCCCAGGAUGAGGAUGCACGCACGGACGCCGUGGACAGCGUUGUGCGGGACAUCCAGAACACGCAGUGCCUGCUGAACGUGGAACACCUGAGUGCCAGCUGCCCCCAUGUCACGCUGCAGUUUGCCGACUCCAAGGGCGACGUGGGACUGGGCCUGGUGAAGGAGGGGCUGGUUAUGGUGGAAGUGCGCAAGGAGAAGCAGUUCCAGAAAGUGAUCACAGAAUACUUAAAUGCCCAGGAGUCAGCCAAGAGCGCCCGGCUGAACCUGUGGCGCUACGGAGACUUCCGAGCUGAUGAUGCUGACGAGUUUGGCUACAGCCGCUGAGGGGGGCGGCACAGCUGGCCCCCAGCCCUGCUCACGCCAGUCCCUCUUCCUGUGCUGGGAGAGGGGUGCACCUGCAGACCCCAGGGCCAGGGGGUAUAGAAUGGGUCCUAGCUUUGCUUCUUUUACAAUAGCAUCAGGGCUGGCAGGGGAGGGAUGUGGCCCUCUGCAUUUGGAGGACAGGCCAUCAUCCUCUGUGCACCGUCAUGCACAGCCUCCUCCCAAUUGAUUCAUAUUUUUAUCUGGGGGUUUGUAGGGUUUUUGUUGUUGUUUUUUGUUGUUUUUUUUUUUUUUUAAUUGUCCUCAAAUCAGGAAGAACCCUGGAAGACUUGGUCCUGGUGAGGGCCAGUCCCGUUCCCUGCCUCUGUCCCAGCUCCCCUUCUUUCCUAGCUCUAUCAACUGUUGGUUUCGUGACUUCUUAGAAAUAUACCCAUUCUCAGCUGUCAGUGUGUCCAUUCCUAUCCCCUCACCAGCCCAUUGUGUAUUUAAAGCUUUUAAGGCCCAAUAAAGUAGCACAUGCUGUCUGCAA